CCAAAGACUAACGCCCAUUCGACGUCUUUCUUCAUUUCUCCUCUGCUACGCGCCCACGCCACGUUGGAAGCGCAACUUGCUGCCUGGUGCACACGUCACCACCUCCCACGACACGACUUCGGCAACGACCGACCUGCCGUCCAACGCGAAGCUUGCACGUUAGACGCGGUGCCUGCAGUAGCUUUGCACCCCUCCACUACCGGCACCGCACCACACCGUACGCACUCUCACCACCCGCUGGCCCUCCGCCCCCCCCCUGCUGCGUGCUGCACCACGGACGCUGUGUCACCAAUUGCCCUCUCUCGUUCCAUCUCGGCCCUCCGUUGCACCGCGACGCCCGCGGUGAAGACAUCGCCAAGAGCACUCAGUCUCCGCGGUACCGCUUCAGUGGGGUGAUCAGCAGGAGCACAGGAUACCUGCGAGCAAGUCAAAACAACCACGACAGACACAAUGGCCAGCAUGGACAUCGAUUUCACGAGGCGGAACAAGAAGCCCCGUCUGCUGACGGAUUCCGAGCGGGACAAGCUGGACGAGUUUAUUGAUGCCAUUCACUACUCUUCGCGAUACAACGACGACCACUACGAGUACCGUCACGUCCAACUUCCGAAGCAGAUGUUGAAAGCGAUACCCAAAGACUACUUUGACGGAGCCCGAGGCACACUGAAGCUGCUGUGGGAAGAUGAAUGGAGAGGAUUGGGUAUUACGCAGAGUCUUGGAUGGGAGCACUAUGAAGUGCAUGAGCCCGAGCCACACAUUUUGCUAUUCAAGCGACCGAUGAACUUUCAAGCGAAUCAAUGAUUUUAGCACGUUCAAAUCAGCAUUGAGAUUACGCCAUCACAACGAGCGGAAGAAGCAAAGCGGAACAUGACGUCCCAUUGAGAGCAACGAAUCCCGACAUGGUGGCGUCCUUCUGGAUCGGAUUGACGAAACUUGCUUCCGUGGUUACAUCUCCGAUGCAAGGCCAGUACCUGGUACGGAGGCAAGCCUUUGGCAUACGGGGGACCAGGGAGACCAACCGGCGUGGUCGGCACCUUUCGCGGGAUACCUCAUGACUUCGCUUGGGAUGAAGGCUGGAACGUUUUGCUUGCUUGCGUACGCGCCCUGCUUUUCUCUUGCAUCCGGAGAUGGCGCAUCGCCGCAUUUACUUUUGUCACGAGGUUAUGCAUUAACGGUCGGUCGGUCAGUCAGUCAAUUGCAAGGUGUUUCUGUUGUUGCCAUGGGGAUCUGAUCUUUUUCGUUGUUUUCUCUCUCCACUCUGAGAGUACACAGCGCGAGCCGAAGGUUGUCAUCCUCACACCCGGCGUCCUCUCAAGCAGCUGCCUGUCUCAUUCCAAGCAUAGUGUAUAGGUAAUUUUGAAAGGGGAAACAAAUACCAUUUCUUGAUCAUGGCG